AUGGUGAUACCGGCAACACAACGGGUUAGAAAUGGAGGUAGUGGAGGAGCUAGUCAGUUACAAGAGGGAGCCAUUCCGGUGAGAACGGAACAUAGAUGGUCAGAGGUUCGGCGCAAUAAGCCAGUACCAAGAGGGAGAAGUGAUAGAGGGAAUUUGGGAAGGAAUCUCCGUGAAUCAAGGAAGGCUAUUGAUCAUGCGAAUAUACCGAUAUCGAAUAGUUUCAGAAGAUUGGGAGGAGAUUUGGGGAUCCCAGCGAUGGAGGAAGAUAUUCGUUUGUUAGAAGCAAAUAAGGAAAAGAACAAUACGCUAAAUCAAAUCAAUUUAGUGAAGAGUGUGCCGCAAGGCAAUACACUUGUGUUUGGUGCGCGUUGGAGAAAGAGAUAG